GCCGUGCCGAGCGGGUUGCUCCGGCAGCGGCUGCUGCUGCAGGCGGCGGGAGGGCACGCUGAGGAGCCGAACGCGGCGGUCGGUCGGCUCCCCUGCUCCGGGCCUCGGCGUCUCGCUGGGCUGGGACGCGAGCGCCGCGGGGCCCGUCGCGCUUUUGAGCGGCGUCUGGCGGGCGGGCUGCGCCGACCUGCCGGUUCGACCUCUGCUCCCGCAGCGGCGGGGCAGGCCUGGGUAAAGCCGGCACGGCAGCGCGCCCGGAGGCUCCGUGGAGAGCCCGGCCUGCACGCUCGCUGCGCUAGAGAGAGAGAGAGAGGCGACCAUGGUGGCCCAAAGGAUUUUUAGAACACAUCUGCUGUUAAGCUUUCUGGCUGCAUUCUUCAUCUCCGCCUUAACCGAGGAACAUGGAGGAGAGAGUCAACAUGCAAAUAUUCGCCUUGAUAAGAACUUGGUACAAGAUAAAGACCACAUUAUGGAACACUUGGAAGGUGUUAUUGAGAAACCGGAAUCUGAGAUGUCUCCUCAAGAGUUGCAGCUUCAUUACUUCAAAAUGCACGAUUAUGAUGGCAAUAACUUGCUAGAUGGGUUGGAGCUUGCUACAGCUAUUUCACAUGUCCACAAAGAGGAAGGUGGUGAGCAUCCCCAGGCAAUGAAAGAAGAAGAGCUGAUUAGUCUAAUAGAUGAUGUCUUAAGAGAUGAUGAUAAGAACAAUGACGGAUACAUUGACUAUGCAGAAUUUGCAAAAUCACUGGAAUAAGGUUUGGCAGGGGGCUUGUUUCUCCUUCUAACUACAUGGAAAUGUGAACCAGCAUAAUGUGAUACAUUACUAUCUCAUACCAACCUCUGUGCUGUAAGAAGGAGAGGUGUACAAGUUCCAGGUGCAUUUAUUUCAGUCAUAUGUGUUAAGGGACUGGCUAACUCAGAGCGAGGGCCACGUUUGACUAGACAUACCCACACAUUUGAGUCUUGAUGCUUGGAAACAUCAACAGUAUUCCCAUAGGGUACAGCUGGGCAAACCCAAUCUAAAUUUCGGGUUUUCUGUCAUUGGGUUAUAUAGUACUAUUUUGCUUACAUCAUCUAUUUAAACUUAUAAAAUACCUAGAAAGUAAGAAAAGAUUACUGCAUAUACUUGUAUUUCAAGGAUAAAUGUCCUUACCUUACCACUAAUUUCAAAGGAAAUCUGCAUACAAGUACAGGUGCUUGAAAGAGUAAUUGUAGAGGAGAAGCAUUUGAAUGUGGUUUAUGUUUGAGGUCUGCAUGGUAUCAUAUGGACUUCAAAAAGGUCUUUGAAGAAAUUGAGUAUUUUUAAAUAAAUGUACUUCCUAGCAUACCCUAACAUUUUACAUAUAUUUAUACACACACACACAUUUUUUCAAUUUCUUCUUGGCCUUCACAGAUUUAAUUGGUUUUUUUUCUCCCUGCAUUCCAUGGUGUUUUCUUAAGAAAAUAAAAGUAUUAUUACAUUUAUAUGUUGUAUUAAUGCUGUAUAGCAUUUACUAGAGGAGCUUCUGCUAUCUCUAUUUGAAAGGUCAUGUUAACAGCAAACCAGUUUAAUAUAAAAGCUUCUGUUCAAUUUGGUUUUAACAGUAUUAACCAGCAGGAUAAUCUAAGUGAGCAAGUAAUGCUGCCUAAAUUAAUAUUCCUUGACACUUAAAUUAUUGUAUUACUUUCAGAAGAUACUUCAUAACUGACGGUUUCAAGAUACCUGAAUGUUUGCAAAUUAACAUGGUUCUAGGAAUGUUAUCACUGUCUUGACUCAAUACUUGGUAAGUCAAGCAGUUUAUUAGAGAAGUGAUGUAUUGCUGUAUUAUCAAUAUUUGGUGACUAUGAAACGAAUCUUAAAUUGCAUUCAAUCAUUAUCCAUUAAUAGAGAAUCUAAAUGUUAGCAAAUUCCUGUAAAAUGUAUAAAGAGCUAUUUUCUGUACAAAAUUAUUCUUAUAGAAGAGAAACAUUUGCAAAAGAAAUUAUUUCCUCUGUUUAAAUGUUUGUGCAAUGAA